CUAAAAUCCCAGACGCAGCACAAAUUUAUGUUCGAGCGAUUUCAAUCUUCAGAGCCUAGCACUCCGCAGCUUCAAGACCCUAGCGCCGCAUCCGCUCCCAACCGCUAAAGAUGCCUUCGCACAAGACUUUCAUGAUCAAGAAGAAGCUGGCCAAGAAGAUGAGGCAGAACAGGCCUAUCCCUUACUGGAUCCGCAUGCGCACCGACAACACCAUCAGGUACAAUGCGAAGCGUAGGCACUGGCGCCGCACCAAGCUAGGGUUCUAAGCUCGAUGGGCUUAUUUGGAUUCAAGCUUUCUUUUUUGUUUUUCCAAGUUUAUUUGCAGACUUUUUGAUGUCGCAUUUAAUAUUGGGAACUACUGAGAGGUUCUUUCAAUAGAUAUUUUGAUGAGAUUGUUGGCAAUACUUCAAGUUGUAGGUUCGACUUUGUUUUAGCUAAUAUUUGAUUCUAUAUUCUGCUUUUAGUUCAUUAUUAUCUUUAUCU